UGCUGUUAGAUCUGAAUUUCCCUUUUGCAGGACAAAAAGGCUGUUUCCAUUCUAUUCUGUUCGAUUUUGAAUUUGAAUACAAAAUCAAACAAUUUGAAAGCCAGUUAUGUUUUAUAAAUUCCUGAGCUGUUUUUUGAUGUAUAGGGUGUUCAAACAGACUUUGCUGCUGUUUGUCUGAUUUCACAGAAUGGAAACAGGAUUUAAAUGGACUUUUGUUUAACUGAUGAGAGUCUUUUUGUUGCCUUUAAAAGCUGUCAUGGGUGGACAUGCUGUUGUGCUUUGGAUAAUUUUUCUGCUCAAUAAUUCAAAUCCAUUUAAGACAAAGUCUCAAUGUAAUGGCUUGUUUUUCCUUUUCAAAAAUGCCUUAUACAGAGCAGAAUUCAGUGCUCCAACACAGACACAGUGCUUUUUCCCAUGGAUGGCAUUUUUUCUCAGUGUCUUGUUAUGGAAGAGUAAACACUGACCUUAAAUGAGGCAAUUGAGGCCUACUCUUAUGUUGUUCUGGGGCAUUUUCAUUCCGAAUAAACACUGAUAGACUAUUUGAGUAAUUAAUAGUCCUGGGAAAGUUCCCCACUGCAUUUUAUUUGUGGAUAAUAUGUGGAUAAUAAUCUCGUUGCAGUUUGUUGGCGUCCCAAAGCAGUAGAAAUUUGUUAAUAACACAUUCCCGACUGAUAGAUGCAAAUUAUUUUGUUUUAUUUAUUCUACAUAUCUGGCAGUAAUUAGCCAGAUAUGUUGCCAGCGAACUGGAACACAACUUUCCCAAAAAUAUGGUUAGCUUAGCAACAAUCAAUUCAUGAUUUAACAAGGAGGGUCGAUACCUUUGGACAUAGCUAGUUUUGAUUGCUUUAUCUAUUCAACGUAGCAAGUUGUUUGUCUACACUAAGGUUACAUUUGUCUUAUGGUAAAAUGUGUUUGCGAUUCUUGAACAAAAACAGAAAAUAGCAUGUUUGUGGAAGGUCAUAUACAUUUUUACAGCACCAUAUUAUAGAGCAGAUACAUAGACCAUUAAAAACUACAAAGGGGAAUUUUUGUGGUUAAACAUGAAAACCAUGUGACUUUUAAAGCAAUUAUAAAGAAUUUUAUUAUCAAAUUGAAAGGUAAUGAAAGGUAAAAGGUUUCUCUACUACUAUGCAAACUUUAGGAAAUACUUGGAUCUCUCAAUUUUUGUAGGUAAACCUUCUCUAUAUGUACAGAAAGUUUAGUCAAAACUUUACAUUGUCACAGCCAUGCUUUUUUGCAGAAUAAUAAUAAAGGAAAAUGUACUUUUCCAUAGCUGAUCUAAGAAAAACAAACAAACAAAAAUCUGCUGGAGCAGAGUAUCAUCACAACAAAAAUACAAUCGUAUGGUGAGUCAUGUUCACACAAGCCUUCCCUUGUUGAGAGACUCUAUGAUGUCAGACUGACAGUAAAACAGUGCAGAUAUUAUAUUUCAGUUUUUCCCCCUUUCAUCAGUUUUCCAUGUGCUUUUUGGUUUGUUUGCGUCGCUCCUCACCAGUUGCUGCCUGCAUUAAAAUUUCAGUGUAAUUUGCAUCUGUGCUGUUCAGUUUCUGUUGGGAGGAGCCAGCUGAGGUAUGUGCAUCUGCGUGAAUCAGAGGGUGGGUGUCUCCAGCACAGGAGGGCAGCAGAAAGCAAUAGAGUUGGAGAAAUGAGUGUGUGUGGGGGACAAAGAGAAGAAGCACGGGAGAGGAUUUAAUGCCUUAUGCUCCCCUCUUACAAGCGAGUAUAACCAACAGCCUGCCGUCUGAUGUUCAACAUGGUGUUCACCCCCAAUGUCUCUGAGGGUCCGUUAUUCUGCCCACUGCUGAAGCGGAUGAGAGAAGACAAUUUAAACAACAACACACAGGUCAACCUGGUCGUGGUUUGCAUCCAUGGCAUCUUCUCCUCCCUGGGAAUUUUGGAAAAUGCCUUGAUCAUUUGGGUUUUGGGAUUUCGCCUCCGGCAUCGAACCGUGGCCUCCAUUUGGAUGCUUAACCUGGCCAUGUCUGACUUCCUGGCUACCCUGACUCUACCGUUCUUCACCUUCUACUUUUAUUCCUCCCAUAGCUGGGAGCUCGGAUACCCACUCUGCAUAGUACAAACUUCCAUCUUUUUCUUCAACAUGUUUGUUUCAGCCUUCCUACUGGCAGCCAUUUCAUUGGACCGUCUGCUUCUAGUUUCCAAGCCAGUGUGGAGCAAGAAUCACAGGUCGGUGGCAGGAGCUUGGAAGGUGUGCGCUCUGGGCUGGCUGUGGGCAGCGUUAAAUACCCUACCUUACUCCAUAUUUCGUUCAGUGAUUGUGAAGACUGAUGGGAGGAAGUUAUGCUACCAUAAUUUUGCUUUGUAUUUAUCCAGUAAGGAUUCAUUAAAAAUGGACUGUAAUGUGAGGCAGGGGGCAACAGCCAUCUCCAAGUUACUGUUAGCUUUCGUCUUCCCUCUAGUGGUCAUUGCAGGGAGAUACAUCAAAAUUGCCCUAAGCCUGAGAAACAGACACAGAAGGAGAAAGCAGAGUACCGGCAAACUGGCUGAUAUGCUGACUCUGCCUGGCUACGAUGCACAUUCAGGAAUGGUUAAAACAAAUGGCGCUAAGUCUUUGACUUCUGGUUCCUCAUUUAAGUCCAAAUUAAACAACCUGUCUCCCGUCAUCUCCAGUCCAUCAUAUCAGAGCCUGGUGAAACUUUCUCAAAGUUUCACCAAAAUGGUGACGUCUGUGAUUGCAGCAUUUGUGCUGUGCUGGGCUCCUUAUCACAUUUUCUGCAUUCUAGAAAUGACAGCCCAGUACAAUGAAAAAAUCCUCAAAUUAGUGCAAGAGGGCCUUCCAGUGUCUGCAACUUUUGCUUUUCUGAAUCCAGUUUUGAACCCUGUCCUGUACGUCUUCAGCUGCCCCCACUUCUGCGUGAGAAUACGACAGAGUCUGGGAGCAGUGUUUGAUGGGCUUGUGGAGGAGGGUGAGGGGUUACUGAUGACUCCGGCCAGGAACCUGCAAGCUUACAUUAGGCGGAGGAAUAGUCGAGAUGUGAGCUUUGCACCGCCAGGGUCACCAAAGUCACCAAAAUCUUCAUCCUACCAGCCUCAUGGUGCACAACUACCAUUGCCUCUGCUCUCUAAAGACCUUAGAGGCAGUCAAACAGAUCAAACAGCACAAUAAGUGGAAAAUGGGAUGGU